AUGCAAAGGCUGCUGCUGAAGCGACUAAGUUCUGGCCCUAUCCAGAGGCGUUUGGUGACAUCUUCAUGUCUUCAAAACCCGUUGUUUAGCUACUCUACUGGACGCUGGCUCUACAACGAGAAAGACCAAUUGGCUGUCAGACAUGUCCCUUUCAACGUCGAUGCUCUAAAAGAGGCAGCUUGCAGCGCCCUGGGCAAAUCAUCAUGCACGAGUUUUGAAAAGAUUGCGGAGGGCUCAUACAACAAAGUCUUCCGAAUGUAUUUUGAGGAUGGAAAAACGGCUAUAGCCCGAAUUCCUUCACUCCGUCUGCUCGGGAACGCCUCAAUGAUCACCGCCAGCGAGGUAGCCACGAUGGAGUUCAUGAGGCUUUACCGAAGCUUCCACAUCCCCCUCGUCUAUUCCUGGUCCAAAGACCUCGAUGGCCCGGUCAAAUCACCCUACAUCAUCAUGGAAGACAUUGAAGGUGUCCCUCUCCUCCACGACUGGUACAAAAUCCGCGGGGACCCCGUCCGACAUGCAAUGCGGCGAUUCGUCACUGAUGUCAGGCAAAUGUUAUGCAUCCCAUUCGACCAGAUCGGAGGAUUGUACUUUAAAGAGGACCUCCCUCCUCACCUGCAAGAGCGGCCCUUGUUUUCACCCGCACUCUAUCAAACCGAGACGGCUCUAAAAAUGUUUGAGCCCGCUAUUGAUAGAUUUCGUGUUGGGCCUAUUCCGGAUUACACCUGGUGGAGGACGAUGCAUGACGAAGUAGGCGCAGACCGUGGCCCUUGGAAGGAUAUCGGGGAUAUGCUCAUCGCCGCUGUCAACUUGGAAAAAAGCGCCAUUGCCAAAUACCGACGUAAUCCCUCCAUUCUGAAAAAGACAGAGACCACCUCACUUGAAGAGCUUGACGUUCUCGAAGGGCUCCUCGAGAAGGUCGUAACCCUGGCGCCUUCAUUGGCUUUGGCCUUGAGCAACAUCCCAGAUUUCAUCAACUUCAAUGUAGCCGUCCAUGCUGAUUUAGGGCCAAACAACGCUAUGGUUCCUGCCGACAACGGCACAAACACACUCAGCCGUUUCGACCAGUUCACAUACAUCGACUGGCAGGGGACGUCCAUCCUCCCCUUCCCCUUCCACUGCCACAUACCCGAGCUCGUGCAAUACAACGGCGACAUCAUCAAAGUCCCAGACGAGUAUAUAAACCAAAUCCCAAUUCCAGAAGGACUCGAUCAACUUCCAGAAGACCAGCGAGAGUAUAUCAUGGCACACCACCGCCUCGCCACCAGAGAAUUGGCCUUUAAAAAUGCCAUGCUGGACAAUUUCCAUCCAUGGGCCGCUGCGAACGCGCACUGCCUCUUCCCUUAUAUCACCCAACUCCCCGACCGAGUCCUACGAGGUGUAACACACGGGCCUAUCUUGCUUCGAGAAUGCCUAAUGCGCAUAUCCUCGGAAUGGGACGAGGAGCAGUGUGAUGGACCGUGCCCCAUUUCUUUCACGGAGGACGAAAUUGCCGCGCACGACCGUGCAGCGGUCUUCCGUCAUCUUUACUUUGUCAAUACCAAGACUGCGCAAAAGCGUAUCGAUAUGGAUGGGGAUGGGUGGGUGCCGAACGAAGAGUACGAGGAGGCGCGGGCGCGGUUUGAGAAGUAUCGCGAGUCGUGGGAUCCUAAGGUCUGCGGAGGACCCUGGCCUUUCCAAGAUGGUGGUUACUCGUACUUCCUAGCCUAA